CUCCCACAGUCUUCAGCAGUUUGCAUCGCCAAUGCCUCAGUUUUGCGAUUUGUGGCCACAAGGUGUCAUAUUGAGUGCUGUGCGUAACGGGUAAGUGCUCGCGUGACCCGCUUGGUUGUCAUCCGCUACUCUGGUGUCAUGUCGAGCUCCCAUAGGCCAAGCGGUUUGGCUUGUCCUAGGAAAACAGGCGGUGAAGAAGCUUUCGGCUGCCUUGCAUGAAGCCCCUGUCAUGGUUCAGAUUCUCGAUUAUGGCGUCGAAAAACUGCCAUGUUCGUGUGUUAAUCGGAGCGGGGGUGCCUGCCGGCCGGCGGUGUGUCUUGGCAUAUGUCUUCGGCACCCUCGACCCGGCCUGGGGUCGGUGUUCGGUGGUUGUGGGGCCGAUCGAAAAAGUUUGGGUGGGGUCCCAAGUCCCCUUUCCCAUGUGUGGCUGAAAAUUUCUGGACGGGCUUGGUUCAGCGAGGCUGCUGCUGUAAGAAAACUUCCAUCACCAAUAUUUUACUCGCGACAAAGGCCAUUGGCAGCGUAUACAGUGGUUUUUUGUGAUAGAAAGCUCCUCGCGAGCUGCAACGCGACAACCAUGCCUCACUCAGAGAUCGACCACCCUUCGACGAAGCGGCAAAAGCGCGAUGCGAUCGUGAAAGCGCAGCCAUCUUCAAAGAGGAGCGGCUCGGCCAUUUUUGCGCCUUUCCGGACCAUUGGUUUAGUUUCACCAACAAGCGUUCCCUUUGCCACGAUUCCCCUUGGCAAAACCACCUUCCAGAUCACGACUUCUGUCGGCCGUGCCCUUCAAACAUACGAUCUCAAGCGCGGUCUCAAUCUUGUGUUCGUUACCCGCCCUCAGACUCCCGCCGAUAUAACCGCCACCUGUGCUUGGAAAGAAAAGGUAUAUGCUGCUUGGGGAAACCCGAGCAAGGGUGAAUCUCAAGGAUUAUGGGCCUUCCAGCGCGGCAAAAAGGCUGCUGAGCUUCAGCUCCCUACCGGCCUCGAUCAACCCAUCAAACAGAUUGUCAUUUUUGGCUCGUGGAUUAUCGCAUGCUGUGUCACGAGGAUAGAGGUCUUCAAGUCGGCUACACUGGAACACUACACUACUCUCUUUACUGCGGCGGCUAAGAGGGGCGACAAUGAAAUUACGGGCGGCGUCUGCAACAUGCCAACCUUCUUGAACAAGAUCUUUGUCGGCCGGAAGGAUGGUUGGGUUGAAAUUUGGAACGUCAGUACCGGCAAGCUCGUAUAUACGAUCCUGCCGCCCGCACCCAACAGCGGGUUCGUGACUUGUCUGCAACCCUCGCCCGCUCUGUCGUUACUCGCCAUCUCGUACUCUGGCGGUUCUCUGGUCAUUCAAAACGUUCUCACGGACAAGAAAGUGUUGCAGAUCCAGGCUGGCAGUGAAGAUGCUCCCGUUACCUGCAUCUCAUUCCGGACUGAUGGUCAGGGUGCCGGGGAGGAUGGCCGGAAGGAUGGUGUUAUGGCUACAGCAACUGGUUUUAGUGGGGAUGUGACUUUCUGGGAUCUCAACAUGGGUGGAAGAUCGAUGGGUGUUUUGCGCAGCGCCCACAACCCCCCAUCACGCAACAAGGCCGCUGGUGGCGGUAUCAGCAAAAUCGAGUUUCUUCCCGGUCAGCCCGUGAUCAUCACAAGCGGUCUCGACAACUCUCUCAAGUCUUGGAUCUUUGACGAGACACCAUUCUCGCCAGUACCUCGCAUUUUGCACCAGCGAAGUGGACAUGCGGCGCCUGUCAGCUGCCUGCAAUUCUUGCCGUCUGAUUUCGAUGGCGCAGAGGCUGGAAACAAGUGGCUUAUGAGCGGUGGGCACGAUAGGAGUCUCUGGGGAUGGAGUUUGCGAAGAGACGGUCAGAGUACCGAACUAUCACAAGGUGCCAUUCGGAAGAAGGCAAAGAAAGCCGGUAUUCUUGCUGGUGGGUCUUUAAUUCAAGGCCCAAGCACAACCUUGGAGGAUCUAAAGGCCCCGGAAAUCACAUGCAUCGCAUCUUCACUAAACCGCGAUGGUGGUAUUGGUGCUAUGCCCGGAAAGCAGGUCAUUUGGGACAAGGCCAACAGCACAAAAUACUCUAAUGCCGAGCUCAGCGGAAUGACGGGCUGGGAGAGUGUCGUUACCGCUCACAAGAACGACCCGUGGGCUCGCACAUGGUUUUGGGGACGAAAGAGAGCUGGUCGUUGGGCAUUUAAGACUGGUGACGGCAUGAAUGUUUCCACUGUGGCCAUCAGUUCAUGUGGCACUUUCGCUGUGGUCGGGUCGGAGGGAGGCAGUAUCGACACUUAUAACCUUCAGUCAGGUCGGCACAAGCAACGUUUCCCUUCCAGGUUGACACCGGCCCAAUUGAGGCAGAUCAAGAUGAUGCAGCUGAGAGCGCUGGACAAGGUCAACGAGCUUCAGGCACGAUCAGCCCAGAGCUUCCCGCCGGGCACUGGCAAGCACACAGCGGCGGUAACAGGUCUUGUUGUUGACUCUCUCAACACAACCAUUACCUCGUGCUCGCUCGACGGUAGGAUCAAGUUCUGGGACUUUUCCACCGGCAACUUGAUCGACGAAAUCAACUGGGCACCCAUGACCAAGAUAGUGACCUGCCGCUAUCAUCCAGGCAAUGACCUUAUCGCGUUUGCCUGUGACGACCACUCCAUCCGGGUUGUCGAUAUUGGAACCAAGCAAACGAUCAGAGAAUUCUGGGGCUGCCGGGGAGACAUCAACGACUUUUGCUUCUCCAAUGACGGCAGGUGGAUCAUUGCUGCCUCUCAAGACUGCAUUAUUCGCAUCUGGGAUUUGCCCACAAGCCAUCUUAUCGACGCAUUCCGCACGGAAACUCCCUGCACCGCCCUCGCCUUCUCCAACACGGGCGAGUUCCUAGCCGGCUCGUGUGAAGGCAGCCUUGGUGUUCAACUCUGGACUAACAGAACGCUCUUCAAGCACGUCCCAACCCGGCAAAUCUCGGACGCCGAGAUUGGCGAGGCGGCCGGCUCUCUGCCGACGGCAUCCGGUGAAGGUGGCGAAGGUCUCAUUGACGCUGCCUUUGAGGAUGAUGCCUCGGAACCAGCCGAUGAUGGCGUAACUGCGCCAGUAAUUGACCAGCUCUCCUCUGACAUGAUGACCUUGUCUCUGGUCCCCAAGAGCAGAUGGCAAACCCUUCUGCAUAUCGACUUGAUCAAGCAAAGAAACAAGCCAAAGGAGGCCCCCAAGGCGCCCGAAAAGGCACCAUUCUUCUUGCCAUCUGUUGGCGGAUCGAACUCGCUAUUACCUCCUAUUGAAGACGACAAGGAGGGCAAGGAGGUUGUAUCGAGGAUAACGCAGUUAGAUGCUACGAGGCAAGAGCAGGCUUUCUCCAGCAAGCUGACUGCCUGCGGGGAAAAGGGCGAUUACACCGAGUUUAUCGAGCACCUCAAAUCUCUUCCUCCUUCGGCGGCUGAUCUGGAGCUCCGGUCCCUCUCCAUGGGCAACAGUGAGGACGAUUACGAAAAUAACGAGUUGCUUCACUUUAUCAAGGCCUUGACCAGCAGGCUGAUCGCCAGAAGAGACUACGAGCUGACACAGGCGUGGAUGAGUGUGUUCCUGAAGCUGCACUACGACCUUGUGAUGGCCAACGACUGUCUUCUCAAGGCGCUGGACGAGUGGAAAGAGCACCAAGCGCGGGAAAGAGAUAGGCUGGAUGACUUGAUUGGGUACUGCAGCGGCGUUGUUGGAUUUUUGAGGAAUCCCAGGACAUGAAUCAAAUGUUUUUGUUUUGUUUUUCUGGUAGCAUGUAAUGUUGG